CUCUCCCUCUCUCUCAAACCCUUCUAUUGCACUUAACACCAACCAAAUUUAUUUGUUCUCUGUUCUAUUCUAUAUUUCUAUUUUCGCUUAUAUAUUGUUGCGGAUACAAACUAAUUCGAUCAACGUCGAAAUGGUGUCGAUGGCGGCGCGGGCGAACGGCGAGAAGAGGCCGCUCCUGCUGGGGCGGUACGAGGUCGGGAAGCUGUUGGGCCGCGGCAACUUCGCGAAGGUCUACCACGCGAAGAACGUGCGGACGGGCGAUGAGGCGGCGAUCAAGGUGAUGGAGAAGGAGAAGAUAUUCAAGUCCGGGCUGGUGGCGCACAUCAAGCGCGAGAUCGCCGUCCUCCGCCGCGUCCGCCACCCGAACAUCGUGCAGCUCUUCGAGGUCAUGGCCACCAAGACCAAGAUCUACUUCGUCAUGGAGUACGUCCGCGGCGGCGAGCUCUUUCAUAGAGUGGCGAAAGGCCGUCUGCGCGAGGACGUCGCGAGGAAGUACUUUCAGCAGCUCGUCUCCGCGGUGAACUUCUGCCACGCCCGCGGGGUCUACCACCGCGACAUCAAGGCCGAGAACCUCCUCGUCGACGAGAACGGGGAUCUCAAGGUGUCGGACUUCGGCCUCAGCGCCGUCGCCGACCAGAUGCGCCAGGACGGGCUGUUCCACACGUUUUGCGGGACCCCUGCGUACGUCGCGCCGGAGGUGCUGGCGCGAAAGGGCUACGAUGCCGCCAAGGCCGAUAUCUGGUCUUGCGGAGUUGUGCUCUUCGUUCUCAUGGCAGGGUAUCUCCCGUUCCAGGAUCGCAACCUUAAUGUCAUGUACCGUAAAAUUUACAAGGGCGCGUUCCGCUGCCCGCGGUGGUUCUCUCCGGAGCUCACCCGCCUCCUCCACCGUAUCCUCGACACCAACCCGGAGCGGAGGAUCACCAUACCGGAGAUCAUGGAGAACCGGUGGUUCAGAAAAGGCUUCCGCCAAAUCAAAUUCUAUGUCGCGGACGACAAGGUGAUCCACAGCUUCGAUGACAGCGACUCGCCGCCGCCGCCGACACCGCGCGACGAGCCAGAGACCGAGUGGGACGACUCGUCGUCCUCCGGCUCUUCGUGCUCGUCGUCCCCUCGAACCCCGUGCGCUCUCACAGCAUCGGCAUCCUCUCCGUUGCUGACCGGCAACACGACUUACGGGUUCGACCUGCCGCGGCCGACGAGCCUGAACGCAUUCGACAUUAUCUCAUUCUCACCGGGAUUCGACCUCUCGGGUCUUUUCGAGGAGAGGGGGCAGGACACUCGGUUCGUGUCGGGGGCGCCUGCGACAAAGAUCAUCGAGAAGCUGGAGGAGAUCGCUGGCACGGUGAACUUUGCCGUGCGGGCGAAGGAUUGCCAGGUGAGCCUCGACGGUAUGAAGGAGGGGGGGAUGGGGCCGCUUUCGAUCGCCGCGGAGAUAUUCGAGCUCACGCCGGAGCUCGUCGUCGUUGAGGUUAAGCGAAAGGCCGGGGAUAGAGGGGAGUACGAAGAGUUCUUCAACAAGAGGCUCAAGCCCGGUCUACAGAAUCUUGUAUACGACGGGUCUACUGGAAAAAUAAGCUAGAAUACAUGCGCAGUAGUAAUUAAUAUGUGCGGGGGUUUACAUAUUUAUUAAUUUCCUCUUUCGAUUUUGUUCGGAUGUAGAAGAAGAUCGAAUAAAGGAAUAAUAUUCUAUUUAUUUACUGUUGUUUCGUGCGAUUCUUUGAGUUUGGUAUUUUUUUUUUUUUAGAGAAAUAGGUAGCAAGCUACCUGCUUCAUUCAUUAAUCUUUGAGUUUGGUAUUGUUCGUGAAACUUCAAAUACAUAUUUUGUUUUGCAGUGUUGUGAUCUUCACAGCAGUGCUGUUA